GCGCGCCGCUCCUCCGCCUUCUGCCUCCUCCGCUCCAGCCGCCCGGACCCGCCGCAGCUGCAGGGCCUAGGGUCCAGCUGCCGCUGGUACAGGGGAGCCACCGCGGCGGUCGGCCCGCUGUCGACCCCUGUGAACCUGGGCGUGAGCAUCGUGCCGGAGAGGAAGGUGUUCGUGGUGGAGCGCUUAGGCAUGUACCACAAGUCUCUCUCCUCGGGGAUUCACUUCCUCGUGCCCGGCAUCGACCGCAUCGCCUACGUCCACUCGCUCGAGGAGGAGGCCAUCCAAAUCCCGGACAACCCUGCCAUCACAAAGGAUGGCACCUUGAUCCAGAUCGGAGGAGUGCUCCAUGUCAAGAUUGCCGAUCCCUUCCUUGCUUCCUACGCCAUAGAGAACCCCAUCUAUGCAGUCACCCAUCUCGCGGAGUUUGUUGCAGGCAGUGAAAUUUGCAAGAUUACCCUUGACAAGACUUUUAAGGAAAGAGACACGCUCAACCACAACAUCAUGAAGUCAAUCAAUUACGCAUCAUGCGAGUGGGGUGUCAAAUGCCUCAAAUACAACAUACGCAUUACUCCAACAGAGGGAGCUAAGAAAGCCAUGGAGAUGCAGCUUGAAGCAGAAUCUAUGAUGGAAAGGGUGAAGAAAGCAAAGGGUGAAGGUGAAGCGAUUCUUGCCAGGUUUGAACCCGCAGUUUUGCCAGAAGACCUCGAUGAUCUGUCUCGUAAGAUGCCAUCCAUCAGUGACAUGGGCGGCGUCCUGUCAGAUGACAAGGAUCCACUGCCACACCCCAAGCAAAAGUAG